CCGUGAAGACGUGACAAAAUGUCGCCCAUGAAAUCUUGUCGUCUUCUUACCCUUAUUCUGUUUAUUUUGGCGGAAUAUGCGAGUUGUGAAAUCUACACGGCCGUGUUUCGUAUCCAAGAGGCUCUCAAGGAGGAGGCGACACUUUUGAAGGAAGCAAGAGAUGUUAUAAAUUGCAUGGAGCAUAUGGGAAGGGAGGACACAGCAAUUGAUAAAUUAAGAAGAUUUGUUGACGCGACAGCUGCUGCCCGCAGGAACACGUCCAGACAGUGGGAUCAUCCUCUCGCUGGGUACCAUCUUGUCCAUCGUAUGUUGGGCUGGUACGAGGUGGCCGCAGGCUUAGAUGAUAUCAUUGAUAAUGAGCGCGUUGACAGGUUCCUUGAAAUGAUCCCAUGGAAGCACCCGAACAGGAGCAAGAGUUUCCCUGGGCCUUCGGACCGGACUGGUGUAGCCACAGCAAUAAUUAAUCUCCGACAGUACUACGGCAUCAGUUUCGAGGACUGGGCGGCUGGCCGGGUAGCAGGAAUUCGUGUUGAACCAUUGACCGUUGACGAAUUCUACCAUGUUGGUGAAACUGCCUCGCAUAUUUCCCGGUAUGAACAAGCAGUAGAUUGGCUAGAGGAGACAGUCCGCCGUCUUGAGAACAAAGCACCUGCAAAGAGAAUGAACCUCCGCCGGGCUAAACGGCAGCUUGCACGAACAUACCGUUACAAUUCUCAGUUUGAAAAGGCCAUGAAUCUCAGCAGGGGGCUCCAUCUGCAUGAUCCAAUGUCCACUGUCUUAGAGGACGAAUACCACAACUACCAACGUUUGUUCAAAGAAGCCAAUGAAACUGUCACUCCGCCCCGGCUUAAUCUAAUGGAAACGAUCAGGAAAACAGAGAUACAGCUUUGUCGAGGCAAUGAGAAGUACGCCAAGUCUGACAAGGAGUUGGUCUGCUUUGAGAAGGAGGUCGAUUUCUUCGAACGCUUCAAGCUGGAAGAGAUAUCGAAAGACCCUGAGUUGUACGUCAUCCAUGAUACGCUGACAAACAAACAAGUUGAUGAUGCUGUCAAUAAUAAUGUGCUGAGGAAAUCGAUUAGCCGAAUGGGUACAUACGGGAGCCAGACGACAGAUAUAAGAAUUGUCCAAGGAACUUCGCUAACGAUGCAUAUGACGGAGUUUGCCUAUGGGCUUGAAGAUACAAUCGGCCGAGUGACUGGCUUGGAUGCAAUAGGGAAGACAAGAGCAAAGAACAGAUGGCCGUCGGAUGACCUGCUUCUGGUGAACUACGGUAUAGGUGGACUGUACAACACGCAUCACGACUCAAUGGAGACGGGGCGACCUCAGUUUAAAGAAACCGGGAGAAGAAUUGCCACAUGGAUAACUUAUCUGAGUAACGUGACGAAAGGUGGCGGUACGAUCUUCCCUGAACUGAACAUCAAGGUAGACGCGAAGAAGGGGGCGAGCUUAUUCUGGUACAACCACUAUCGGAACGGUACGCUAGAUGAGAGGCUGGAGCAUUCGGGAUGCCCUGUUCUGAUGGGAAGUAAAUGGAUUGUCACGAAGUGGAUCCGAGAGCACGAAAACAUGUUCAGGAGACCAUGUUCUUUAAAUAAGCUUGAAUAGCAUCAGCGAAACAUCAUAGGAUUGCGGGGAGAACCGUGGUUUCAAAAAUUUGCCAAUCCAUAUCAAGUUCCAAGUUUUUGGCGAAAAAUAAAUGCUGGAUGCAGCCUAACUGAAUAUGUGUUCUUUUUGAUUACUUUUAGU